ACGGAAUGAUACUGUAAUUUACACAGUCAUGUCGUCUUCAAGUACCACAGCAGAGACACAAGAUUCUGAUGAUGUUCAGACGAGGAAAAGAAGUGGUAGUUUUGAUUUUAAACAUCCAAAUAUGUCUAUGAGAAGGAUGGUGCUUGUAGGAAAGACUGGAGCUGGUAAAAGUUCUUCGGGAAACACCAUCCUGGGCAGAAAAGCUUUCAGAGCCACCCAAAGUGCUUCAUCUGUUACUAAAGAGUGCUGGAAAGAGACUGGAGAGGUGGCUGACCGUCAGCUGAUGCUAGUGGAUUGUCCAGGGAUCUUUGAUACGUCCCUCUCAGAGAAAGAACUCAUAAAGGAGAUGAGUAAAUGUAUAAACAUGACGGCACCUGGACCUCACGCCAUCAUCCUGGUCAUUAAGCCUGGACCAUUCACAAAAGAAGAGAAGCUCUCUGUGGAGAAGAUCAGAGCCAUAUUUGGAGAAGCAGCAGAUAAACACACGAUCAUCCUCUUCACUCACGGUGAUAAACUCUCAGAAAGCAUUGAGAAGACACUGAAUGAAGCGCAAGAUGAUUUGAAACAGCUCAUAAAAUUAUGCGGUGGACGGUAUCAUGUGUUCGACAACACACAAGUUCAUGAUCGCAAACAGGUUUUGGAGUUCCUAGAUAAGGUUGAUAACAUGUUGCUCAUGAAUGAGGAUAAAUAUUACACCAGUGCUAUGUUUCAGCGUGUGGAAGAGAUGCUGAAGGACAAGGAGGAAGAGCUUAGAAAACAAUACAGUCAGAUGAUACAGCAAUUAACAGCCACGUUUAAUGAAGAAAAGACCAAACUGGAGGAGACCAUUAAACAACUGGAAGAAUCUGGGCAGGAAAAAGACCAGAAAAUAAAAGAGUUGGAGGAGCAACUGAAAAAGGAGGACACACAUUUGAAUGAGUUUUUGCGUUUUUAUAAGCAGAAAUGCAGAGCUGCGAGACAAGAGGUGGAAGAGACACAAGUUAAGGAAAACAUCCCAGAGCUCAGAAGACAACUACAAAAGCUUCGUGUCUGAGAUAUUAGUGAGAGUUCACUGACUGCCAGUAAUCUUCAGUAUUAUUCUUUUUCUCUAGUAUAAAAUCAUACGUAUGAUAUUUGCUAUACAUUUUAGUAUACCAAUUUUCAUUACAGCAAGCAUUAAUUUAUCCAUUGGGUUCUCUCAUAUUUGGAUGUAGCCCUGGUUAUGCAUGGCGUCAGUAGUUCUUUAACUUGUUUACCCGUUAUUAUAAACUAGUAACUGACUUAAUCUUCUGUGAAAUGUUUAGUUUGAAAAGUGUGCUGGUUCUGUAUUUCUGAAUAAAAUGUCAAAUCAUGUGGCAUUUUAUGUAAUACAAGGACUUUCACAUUUUAUGUGCUACUUGUAAUGUAAUACUUUCUGGGGCCUCUCUCUUUGUGUAUACGAUUACUGAAAUACAGACGUUGGUGACUGCAGCUUAAGGCCAAUUCACACCACUUUUGAUGCAACUAAAUAAGAUUAAAGAAUAAAAUAUUGCAGCAGUGCAUAGUAAAACUAAGAAACAUAGUAACUCUGUCAUUCUUAAAUGAAACCAAUAUCGACAGAAAGACAGCAGAGGUUCAUUAUGGGAAUGGCAAACAAUACUUCACAAUAAAACACUAUAAUAACAAUGCUUAUAUUGUUCUACCUGAUGAACAGGAGUGGAGAUUGGCUAAAGCUUGAUUUGUAGUGGAAUGAUGAGCUUCUCUGCUGGUGAACUGGUGUAA